AUACCAUUCAACGUCUAUAAAUUCAGCAGUGAGCAGAGCAUUGGUUUCCCAUUCGCAAAGAGCCAAAAAAUUAAUGUUGGCGAAGCCGGAGAACAUGUCUUCUUAUAAGCUUAGCACCCUCUUCACAAUAGCCCUCCUCCUUAGCUUGGCUCUAACGUCAUAUGCUGCCGUUCUUCCCGAGCCUGCUCCAGCACGAGGAGAUUCUCCGGCUACAACUCGACAUGGGGAUGUUGAAGCAAGAAACUUGGAAGUUGAGGAGAGCUGUGAACAAGGAGGAGCAAAAGGGAAAGAAGAGUGCUUGAUGAGAAGGACCCUCGCUGCUCAUCUGGAUUAUAUCUACACACAAAAGAAAAAGCCUUGAAGUACUUAUCGUCGACUUCUCGUCGAUGCAUGUUCUGUACCCAGUCAUUAGCAUCAAAUCAUAAUUAUUAAAUAAAUCGAGAUUUUUUAUAUGUAUCAAUUA